GGUGUACUUGAGUAGGAGGGACGACCGUUCCAAGAUGGCCGCCGUGUUUCCUGCGCCACAGCAGCCAACGCUGGGUCUACUCUUUAUAUUAUGUCUACGCUCUUGAAGGCACUGCCGAAAGGAACUCUGGGAAAGAGGCAACAUGGCGCGAUGUUCAAAUUCUCCAAAUAAUUUUGAACUGAUGUCAGUUUGAGUUUUAUCCGCAGUCCGCCAUGAACGGAGGCGGAAGGCGGCUGGAGCCGCUGGCGGCGGCCGGAGCUCCGAGGAGGAACCGCCUGAGCCGCAGCCUCAGACAGAGCCAGACGGGAGCCGCGGCGGUCCUGGAGUCCACCCGGACCGGGAGAGAACCAGAGUUCAAGACUCCCACCAGAAUCUCCAGAACCAAACCCAGUUCGGUUCCGGUUCCGGGCCCGAACUCCCCGCACAACGACCCAGAUCUCCAGCAGGACAUCGUCUGGGACGCCGCGUCCCCGUCGCCCCGCCGAUCCGGAACAAGAGGGAAAAAGGCCGCCGCCGGAGGCGCCGUGAACAUCUCAGAGAUCGUCAGCAGGAUCGCUCCAGAGCACGGCCGGCCGCGGGUCACAGAACCGGCGCUGCAGCAGUGGAUCGGAGACAGCGCCGCCAUUCCCUGCACCCCGGACCCACAGGGCCCGCGGGCCAAGAGGCGCUCUCCCAGAGCGACCGGAGUGGAGAACCUGCUGCGGCUCGCCAGGCAGCUGGACCAGAACCUGUUCCAGAACCAGGACCUAGAGGAGGUUCGGACCGAGGAAGGUCAGGGCCCCAGGUCUUUUGGAUCGGAACCACGGCCUGACCCAGGCUUCCUGCAGGAUGACCUGGACUUCCUGUUUGACGGUCCGACCCAGAUGCCGAGCAGAACCCCGGGUCGAGGUCCGACUCAGAACCGACCAGGUUCAGCGUCCCUGUGUGGUUCUGGUCCAGCCGGCUCCGGGAUGCGCAGCGGACCCGGGUCGGUUCAGAACCAGUUAGAGGACGACUGGGAGAACGACGACCUGCUAAACGACUCGCUGGUUCUGGAGAUGACCCAGAACCCGGACCGUUUCCUGGUUCCAAAGCUCUGCUCCACCCAGAACCCGGCUGGUUCUGGUCAGAGUUGGGUCGCUCCGUCUGUCGGAACCAGAACUGAGAAAGAGAACCUGGACCCAACCUGGAACCCGGACUGGAGUUCUGGUUCUGGGAAGUGGGUCCAAACGAGAACAGAACAGAACCGGUUCUCCUCUGUCUUCAGAGCUCCAGAACCCGGUCAGAUGUGCAGCUUGGAACCAGAAUCCCAGUGGUUCUGGAGCGACCCAAUGAACCGGCCCGGUUCCGAUGGGCCGGAAGUCCUGGGCCAUCUGGACUCUGUGUUUCGAUCGGAACCGGUCUGGGACGGCCCGUCUGACGACCUGCUGUGUGAGAUGUGUGAAGACCUGGAGAACCGGAUCCAGGUCCAAACGGACCGGACCAGGUCCGAUCAGAGGGUGGUGCUGCAGCCGACCCACCGAAACUCUGGGAACCGGAUCCGACCGGACCCGGCCGGACAGGCUGGCUGCUCAUUGGCCGCCGCUCCGGUGAAGCAGCCAAUCGGCCGCGCCGUGUUCAGGAACAGAACCGGGUCAGAACCGUCGGCGGCGCUGCGACCCAAAGAAGCCCGGUGCUUCACCUUCAGGAGGCCCUGCGACCGGGUAACCAUGGCAACCGAGAAAGGUGAGGCCCCCCCAGCCCAACCUGCUGUUACCAUGGAAACAGCCGAUCGGGUUCUGCCAUUUCAUCAGCGUGAUGUCAUAGCUGGAGUUGAUGAUGUCAUUUCCUGUCGCUGCAGGGAAAUGCUCGGCCGCUGAAAUCGAGCUGAAGAAGCAGCAGGCGCUGGAGAGGCGGCGGCGGCGGCGGCUGCCUCCGACCGGAACCGGCUGACCCGGACCGACCCAGAACCAGUUUUUUAUGUUGUGGGUUUAAAACGGCGAUGAUGCGUUCAGGGACCGCAGGACAAGCCGCAGUAGGACUUUGGACUCUUUUUCUGUCGGUUCUGAAAUGGAAGUUAUGGAAAUUCCUUAAAAAUGUUUUUCAAGUUUCAGAAACUUCAACAGUUUAUUUUAUCCUCAGCGUUUAUGUUUUAUCCAUAAAGCUGAAGGUUUCUGGCGGACUGGAAUCAAUCUACCUUCUGUGACGUCAUCAGGAGCUGGGGGGCUCACUGAGCAGCAGAUGCUAAUUGUACUGUCCCUUUAAGGCCUCAGCAGCCUCCUCACUGAUUUGCACCUUGUUGAAUCUGAUGUUAAUAAAAGGACUUUACCUGAGCUGCAGUAACCUGACGAAUCAUCUCCAGGUGAGAGGAAGUGAUGCGUUCCUGCAGCUUCCUGUCUCCAAACUGAAGACAAAGUCAAAAGCUAACAGCAAUGUUAGCAGGUUAUUUAGCAGCUAUAGAGACAAUGAAAUGCUAAAUCAUUUUUCAGCAUGCAGUUCAUUUAUAAAUGUCACAAUUUCAAACUACUUAGGAAGGCAAGUCGCUAAAUAUUUAAUUAACCAAUUAUUAAAAUCGCAUAUUUAGUUAGUGUUAUAACUCCCUCAAGCCCAAGGGCAAUAAUCAACCAGAAUAAAGUUAAUUAACAAUAUUUAUUGUUACAUAAAUAAGAGAGUUUCCCGUUAACUUUAUCCAUUUGUAGUCAAUCCAAUAAAGUUCAACCGAAUUUAAAAACCACUGAAAACUGAAGAUCCACUGGAUUCACUGCAGAAUGAUCACAUGCAAUCCAAACUGAAGAUCACUCCAACAGGAUCGGCUCUCAGAUAUUAAGAUCAACAGCCACAUGAAACCUGAGUAUUCAGGAAAAUAAUAACUAAACAAUAAUAAACAAUGUUAGGUUGUCAGUCUGACCACAAACACUGAGGAGACAAACAACCCAAACUGGACGCACUAACAAGAAAACCAAACUCUAAAAGGAAGCAGUGAUAAAACAAACAGACAAAAAUUACUAAAUGCUUAUUAAAUCAUUUUAAUCAAGUCGAUCUAAAACAUUAAAACACUGAAUACCUGCAUCACAUAAACCAGACCUCUAAAGUUAAACUAGAUGUAAUAAAUCUGGUGCAGCCCUACCAAAAAAAAA